CGCGUCGCUCCCCCAGUUCGGUUCGGUGGGAGGAGACCUGCGAUCAUCGUCGUUGUUGUCGCCGCGGCGGCGGAAGAGUUGAGCCAAGGGACAGGGAGGGAGAGAGGACUGGAAGAUGGAUGGACAGGUCGGUGGCGGGUCGUUGCGGAGGAGCAGAUCCGGGGGUAGCGUUUCCGAGAGGAAGAAUGCACUGGAGAACGGCAGCGCCGAAUCUGGACGGUGGACUUCAACACCUCGCCCCUCGACUAUGAGUGGAGACAGAACUGUGAAGAGAUUACGAUUGUCUAAGGCCUUGACAAUACCUGAAAAUGCCACUGUGCGUGAAGCUUGCCGUAGGAUGGCUGCACGAAGGACUGAUGCUGUAUUGUUGACAGACUCAAAUGCAUUGCUUUGUGGAAUUCUAACAGACAAGGAUAUAACCACAAGAGUCAUUGCUCAAGAGCUAAAGCUCGAAGAAACUCCAGUCUCAAAAGUGAUGACUCGAGAUCCUAUAUUUGUUCUUUCAGACACACUGGCAGUGGAAGCAUUGCAGAAGAUGGUACAAGGAAAGUUCAGGCACUUACCCAUUGUAGAAAAUGGUGAAGUCAUUGCUUUACUUGACAUUGCAAAAUGUCUUCAUGAUGCAAUAACACGAAUGGAAAGGGCAGCUGAAAAGGGAAAGGCCAUGGUGGCAGCAGUCGAAGCAAUGGAAAAGCAUUGGGGCACAACUAUUUCUGGUCCCAAUACAUUUAUUGAAACUCUUCGAGUGCAGAUGCUUCGGCCAUCUUUAUCGACUAUCAUUGAAGAGAAUUCAAAGUUUGUUACAGUCUCACCAACUGAUUCAGUGUUAACUGCAACAAAGAAGAUGCUCGAGCUGAAAAUUAGUUCAGCAAUCGUAACAAUUGAAAAUAAACCUCGGGGGAUUCUGACUUCAAGAGACAUUUUAAUGCGUGUAGUUACUAAGAAUCUUUCUCCAGAGUCCACUCCCAUGGAAAAGGUCAUGACUCCAAAUCCUGAAUGUGGAACAGUUGACACACCAAUUCUUGAUGCUCUCCACACCAUGCACGACAGGAAAUUUUUGCAUCUACCUGUUGUAGAUAGAGAUGGUUUCAUUGUCUCAGUUGUUGAUGUUAUUCGUGUUGCUCAUGCUGCAAUAGCUACUGCCGGAAGCAAUGCAGGUGCAGGAAACCAGACAGCAAGCUCCAUGAUGCAGAAGUUUUGGGAUUCUUUUUUGUCCUUGGGACCUUUGGAUGAUGAUGAUGAUUUUCAAAGUGAAGGAUCUACAAGAGUCACAUCUGAAGCCACAGAGAGAAUAAAAUAUGCUUUACAUCCGUCUUCAAGCUUAUCUACUAGUUUUGGGUUUAAGCUUGAGGACAAACAUGGCAGAAUGCAUAGAUUUAACUGUGAAACACAAAGCUUGACAGAUCUUAUAACUUGCAUACUCCAGAGGGUUGGUGAUGACAUUGAUAAAAGUCAUCUUCCACAGAUACUGUACGAAGAUGAGGAUCAUGACAAAGUUAUCCUCGCAUCCGACGGUGACCUUGUGGCAGCAGUGGAUCAUGCUCGACAAGCUGGUUUGAAGAGCUUAAGGUUGCAUUUAGAUCAUUCAGGGUUGGGUCGCAGGAAGAAGGGACGUGAAUCGGGAAGUCUCGAGUACGCACACAAGGACGCAUGGGCAGCUGCAUACAGCACAGUUGCUGCAGGAGCAGCAUUCGUCGCUGGUAUUGGAGUUAUGGCUUACUUGAAAAGAUCAGCAGCAUAAACACAUCAGGUGUAAUAAUGACGCUGCGAUUGGCUCGACUUGACAUAACCUUACUUUGGCGUAUUUGUGACGUCAUUUAGUUUCGCCUGUAGUAAUUAGAACAAGGCAUGAAUAUAAUUUGUUCCUCUACUCAUUGUUUACGGAGUAGUUAAAAAGUUAAUUCCCUAUUUUAGCUUCUUUUUUGGAUAAA